CAGAAAGAAGGUCCCUGCGCUAUCUCAGAGAAACCAGACUCUUGUGGCAAGAGAUUCACCUGCUGAGGGAACCAGGUGGACAAUGAGGAUCUUCCCUGUUUUGUUUUGGAUUCUCCUCAAAGGUUAUUUCCAUGGGCUGGCUGCCCUUGAACUGACUGGCCCAGAGGCAGUGAGUGGGCUAUGGGGCAGGUCAGUGUCUGUGCCAUGUCAGUACCAUGAAGGAUAUCAGGAAACUCCAAAAUAUUGGUGCAGCGGAAUAACUUGGCAGAGUUGCUCUAAAGUGGUUGAGACCACGGGGUCGGAGGCCGAGGUGACACGGGGCAGAGUCUCCAUCCGAGACAAUCACACCCUGCGCGUGUUCACUGUGACCCUGGAGAACCUGACACUGGGAUUUACUGGUAGGAACAACUUGGACAUCAUAGCUGUUACAACAGGGUCAGAGGCAAUUGUGAAGCACGACAGAGUCUCCAUCAAAGACAUUCACACUUUCUGCAUGUUCAUAGUGACCAUGAAAAACCUCACAGAGAAAGACUCCGGGACUUACUGGUGUGGGAUAGACAAACUGGGAUUGGAUCUCAUGUUCUCUGUGAAAGUGAAUGUUCUUCCAGCUGUUCCUGCCUCACCACCCCCAGCACCAAUGAGACAGACAACAGUGCAUGCUGCCUCCACUGAGUCUCCUUUCAGAUGGACUGCCCCUGAAGUGGCUGAAUCCAACUCCACAGUUCACAGCAGCGACCCUCCUGCAGGUACAACAGACCCAGCCCUCCAUAUCCUGACCCCAUGCAUCCUGCUGGUUCUGCUUUUGAUUUUGCUCACCGUUGUACUGUUUAGAAGGAUGACGCAGAGGAGAAACAAAGCCCUUGAGGGAGCGCCUGGACAAAGGGAAAAGAACUUCCAUCCCUAUAGGCUGGUACCUGGAAACACCCCGUCGCCCUUCGUUACCAGUGAACCUGCAGCCUCUUGUAAGGCAGCCAUCUGCAUGCCCAUGGAGGAGACACCGGACUCAGCAGCUGAUGAGGAUGCCUAUGAAAAUGUCAUUCAUGAGACCCAGGCUUCAAGAUCGACAGAAGAGGUUGCUCCUGGCACAGUGAAAUUUCCAACCUCACAUCAGCAGACCAUCUAUGCCAAUAUGAAUCCAAACACACGCAGUAGGACAUCCCCCUCUCGUCAUCAAGGAAAGCGUGGGAAAAAAAAUACUGGAUGAAGCUCAAUGCUCUUGGAACGUUUCCCCUCCUACUGUUGGAAUUUUUAGCACUUCUCAUUUCCCUGCAGUUACAUAGAAGCUUUCAGAUUCCUGUUCCUCCAUUAUUCUUCUUAUGCCAGGUCCCCCUGUACUGACAUGCUAGUGUUGCUGCUGAUUGUGUCCCAUUCCCAGCAAGACUGUUUUCACAGAUUUACUUACCGCUCAGUGCUUCACGUUCUUCACAUCAACUUGAAACAGAACGUAUUCCUGGUGGCUUCACCUUCUGGAUGACUGGGAGCAUUUCUAGAAAGACUUUGUAUGGGUCUGCAGGUUUGGCACACUCCCCCUUUGUCCGCCAUAAUUUCCGCGCUUUAAAGUUAGACAAUUGCUAAUAAAAAGCUCUUUCUCUUCCGGACUGAGUUCCUUGGAAUGACUCAAUAACAGGGUGCCAAGGACAACAUGGGAAGGGGCUGAUGUCAGAUUGUAUCUGUAAUAAGUGAUCCACUCAAUUCCUUCGGUGGUGUAGACAUGCCCAUAAAAGGUAGUCUGCACUAAGCUGUAUUUCCACUCUCCCAGGAUUUGGAAUCUCUUAGAGGUGUUUGUCUCUCUGCAGCCCACGCUCAGGGGUAUCUGAAUCCUGAUCAUUCAUUACUAGCAAAAUUUCCCAAUGAACAGCUCAUGCCAGUGAGACAGGAGAGUCCCACUGCGAUGAACAUGUGAAACGG